AUGAUUUCUUUAACCGUGCGAGUACUACAUUUGUCCUAUAAAUCUCAAAAACCAAGAUUUAGAAGAAAAGAUGUUUUUUUUUCAACAACUUCUCGUUUUAGUCGUAAUGAAAGCAAUAAAAUUUUAUUUGGCUGGGGUGAUCUAGGGUCUUUAUACUCGGAAAAUACUAUUAAUAAAAAUGAAGAGAAUGAUGUUCACAUAUUUAAAACACCAAAAAUUUUAGGAAUUGAACAAACUGUAGGAACAGAAUUAUCAGAUUCAAUAGAGAAAGAGAAUGUUAAAGUUACAAAAAUUUCAGCAGGAUGGGGGCACUCAUUAAUAGCGUUCGAGCAAGGAGAAAAGAAUUUUGUUUUCUCAAUGGGACUGAAUAAUUCGGGACAAUUAGGGCACGAAAAAAUAGCAAAAAAAGGAUAUCAUAGAGGCCUCGUGAAAGGAUUACCUAAAAAUAAAAAAAUUAAUAUGUUGGCGUGUGGUCGAUUACAUUCUUUUAUUUUAAUGUCUAAUAAUGAUGAAGAAAAUAAUGCGACAACCAAAACAGAGCUAUACGGAUUUGGUGAUUGCAUGUACGGACAGCUUGGUACUGGAAAAGAUAAAAAAGAUCGACCAAUAACCACCGAUUCUUCUCUUCCCACAAUGGCGGUCUCUUGUGAACCAUCGCCGCGCCAUAUUGACACUUUUGAGGAACAUGAGAAUGUAAAACAGGUUACAUGUGGUUUAGAUCACACAGUCAUUCUAACAAAUGAGAAUAGAUUAUAUUCAAUGGGAUGGGGAGCAGAUGGUCAACUAGGUCUAGGCAAUAACAGCACCGUAGAUAAAUCUGUUCCCUCGAAGAUAACUAAAUUAUCUGAUAAGGAUGGAGAACGAAUACGGAAAGUUGUUUCUUCGACAGAUUAUACGAUGGCUUUGCUAGAAAACGGCACUUUAUGGACGUGGGGAAACUCGGAGUAUGGACAAUGCAUGACUGGAGCUAAAGUUGAUCGGAUCUUAGAACCGAUACAAGUUCCCACAAAAGACUAUAUUGUUGAUGUAGCAAGUGGAGGUCCAUUUGAUCAAGGUCAAGUUUUUGUAUGCGGCUACGGUCCUCUAGGACUCGGCGAUUCUCAUGUGGAGCAACUUACGCCUACUCGUAUUCCGCGUUUUGGUGAAGAAGAUUCUAAAGGAAUCGGUGAAAAUAUUGUAGCAAUUUUUUCUGGGAUUGAUUAUGCAGCUGCUAUUUCUGAAUCAAGAAACCUCUACACAUGGGGAUUCAAUGGCACGCUAGGGCUCUUGGGACAUGGACAUAAUCACACGAAACAUCAGUUCAUCCCAAAAAAAGUAAAAUUUCCUGAACCCGUUAACGUUGAGACUUUGGCUUGUGGUGGACGUAAUGUAUUGGCAUUAUGUAGUCUUUAA